AAAAAACACAGGCAGCUGCUGCGGUCGGUGGGCUGAUCUAAUCUGUCGGUGUGUUUGUGCUCGGCUGCGCUCACAUUAAGAUAGGUGAGACUUCUGACAGUUGUCGCUACUGUUUGGACAAUAUGACGACCGGACUCGGCGGGACGGUUGCAGGUGUUGUCGAUGAAGGAAGAUUUUGCUAAUUUUAAGAACACCACCGCAAUUGGAAACUAUCGGAUUUAGUUGACCCGUUUCACGCCCUACCUGUGAGUGUGUUUGUGGUGUGUUAACUUAGCUUAGCUGGUGUCCAGGUUAGCAAACGACACACAUAAGGUUAGCACUAUUUUUUGUAAACAGUUGAGCUAACAUGAAAUUCAUUACUAACCCGAAAUAUUUGGCUGAGUUACACUGAUUAGCACCUGAAUGUCUAAAUGUAUUUCACCAUAACUGUGGCCAUUUGCUUGACAAACGGUUUAGCAAACUGGCUAAAGUUAGCAAACAUUACAUACGUUACCUUCUAAGUCGUUACAAAGUUUGCUGGUCUUAAAUGCCGUGCUAAUGUAUGGAGGUUUUAAAUAACAACGUUACAGAAAAGACACUGCUUUACACCAAAACACACUUGACUUUAUCUCAGUCAGUGCAGCUCAAGAUAGAAGUUGUAUAUUUUCUGGUUCACUAGAUAAGAGCACUCAGAGUUUUUAAGACGUAUAUUGACGCAGAAAAAGCAGCCACCUCUACUGACCGUUACUACUUUAACUCCAGCCUGUAUUAGAGGUAUUGCUGAACAUGGACGCAGUGUUUUCCCUUUUGUUCAACACAAUGUGCCUGGCAGUCCCUGAGCACAAGUCGAACAGUACAUAGUAAAGUUGUGGGAGUGGCUCAUGGUGUAGUUUGCUAUCUGGUCCAGCCUGUCUCUCCGGAGCAUUUUUAUAUCAUGGGAUUUGUCCUAAAGGCAGAAAAGUACAAAAACACACACAGGCAGCUCUCUGAUUCAGUCCCACUGUAAUGGAUUCUCAUUUUUAUCUUUGUAAAUCCUUUGGCUUGCGGCUGAGAUCAUCUCACUACCCAGGAAUUUAGAUGCCAGCCGCCAAUAGGAAGGCCUUCUCAAACCACAGUCUAACCCCCACUGGCACACACACAUCUGACAGAUAAUCCCGUGUGGGUGAUGCAUCGGCCCGGAUUAUGCGUUGCUGGUCUAUCUCGUGGCUUGUUGCUCUGUUGCAGGGCUCUGUUCCAGUGGGAUUCUCUGAUCCACCGCCUGGCUGCUAAUCUGUCUCCCUGGUGAAAACUCAUGACCUCACAUCCUUGUGUCCUGAUGCAUCGGUGAUAUGGGAGAGUGGUGGACAACCGAGACAUCUAUGGAAAACUAUGAAAUCUCCAGCAUAUCACAUGUGACAAUGUCACCCUCGAGACGGAACAAUCUUGUGUCGAUGUACUCUUUUCCCUUGUCCAAAAGCUCCUACAGUGUGAUAAGUGCCUUUUGCACUGAGGAUAAUAUUCCUCAGUGUAUUUCAUACAUAAAUCAGGAGCUUGCCUCGUUGGGCCUCUCCUCCACAUGUAUUGAGGCCAUCUCACCAGGGGACACCGGCCUGAGCACAGUGCCAGCUCUGAAUGCCAUGUAUGAGCUGCUACAGAUUCACAGACGAAGUAUGUGCAAUUUAGAGGAGCUCGAGAGAGAACAGCUGAGGAAAUCCAGCACCUUGGAGCAUAUACAGAUGAGCAACACCAGACUCAAGGACCAGUUGGAACUGUCCAUAAGGGAGAAGUCGGGCCUACAUGAAACGGAGAGGCAGCUACAACUCAAAAUUAAAACUUUGCAGAGCUGCUUAAAAACAGAGAAAGAUGAGGUCCAGAAGCUCCAGAGUGUCAUUGCUAGCCGUGCCUCACAAUACAGUCACGAUGCCAAGAGAAAAGAGAGAGAAGCUGUAAAGCUCAAGGAGCGCCUCAGCCAGUUGCUGAUUGACAGAAAGGAUAAGAAACUAGCUAUCGAUGUACUUAAUUGCUUGGGACGGGCAGAUGGAAAAAGGAGACACUGGAAGACUACAAAAGCAACAUCCAGCCACGAGGACGAGAUGUACAAGUCUUUACUCAGCGACUAUGAAGCGAGUCAGAGGUCUUUAAUGCUGGAGAACGCUGAGCUUAAGAAAGUUCUCCAGCAGAUGAAGAAAGAGAUGAUGCAUAUCCUGAGUCCACGCCAGCCCUCUACCAGAGGAGCCACUGCUGAUGACAGCCAGGAGCAGGCUGACUUGGAUGGAGAGGCGAAGGGAGGCGACGCCAGCAGGGAAUCCCUGGACCAGUACUGUGAGCAUGCUCGGGAACAGCUCACCAAUAGCAUCCGCCAGCAGUGGAGGAAACUGAGGAACCAUGUGGAGAGAUUAGAUAGCCAAGCCUCACAAGCACAGAAUCAGCUGGAGUCUAAUAAAGAGGUGAUCCCACGGGAAACCCAUGAGGAUGAGAUGGAGAGGAUGAGAUGUGAAGUCCAGCAGUGCAGAGAGUUCAUUCACGCACAACAGCAGCUCCUCCAGCAACAACUCAACACAUCAUUUGAUGAUGAGACUGCAGCUCUACUUAAUGAUUGCUACACACUGGAAGAGAAAGAGCGUCUCAAAGAGGAAUGGAGGCUCUUUGAGGAACAGAAGAGAAACUUUGAGAGGGAGAGAAAGAACUUCACAGAGGCUGCUAUUCGCCUGGGGCGAGAGAAAAAGGCUUUUGAGGAAGAUCGUGCUUCUUGGCUCAAAAAUCAGUUUUUGAACAUGACUCCCUUUACACACCGUAGGAGAUAUUCCUCGUCUGAUGGUCAAAGUGCCUUAUCAAUUAGAAGUGAGCCAGAGAUCAGGAUGUCUUCAGUUAAAAGUCAGCUGGCCAAAUCAUCAACUUACACUACAUUCUCCACUCCAAGACCUUCACAAAGUGCUCCUGUGCCAUCCACAACUGAACUUUACCGGACACUCCGCCUGAUACCAGACAGCAGUUCGUCCAGACAUUCAAAUCGAGGACGCUGGCCAGAGUGCAGCAACAUCGAAGAUGGAGAAACUCUAGUCAGGCCAAAAAACAGACUUCGAUCUGGCGGCAUGAGUAUCUUCUCUUUGGGUGAAGACGAAAACAGCUUCACUUAAAGAACCUCCAGUGCCUUUAAUUUUUUUGCCACUGCGAUGGACUUUAGCAUCAAUCCAUGGCUGACUUCCAUCAGCACUAAUGAACAAUUUUCUUUGGACACGCACAAAUCAUUCACCAAAGCUGAUCAAACAAGGAAGCACUUUAUGAGUCUGCCAUUGUUCAUUUCUUUAUCCUACAAACAGAUCAACACUGACAAUUCAGUUUCUAAGCUCUAUUUAGAGGGAAGCUGUCUAGCUAGCUGGGAUUUAAACAUAUGGUAGUUGGAAAUCUCUUCCUAAAUAUCGAUUAUAUUGAAAGUAACUUAAAUGUUUACAUAUUCAGUAAGUUUAAUUGUCGAUUUUAAUUUAAGUAUAUAUUGACAUUAGAUUGAUAAUGAUCUGCUAUGUUUUAAUAAAGAUUUUUUUU